GCAGGUCCCAAUUUGCAGCCUGUCGGACCUGAUGCUGUGUGGGAUGGGCGCCUGCAGUAGGAAGGCCCUGACGCUACUUAGCAGCGUGUUCGCCGUCUGCGGCCUGGGACUUCUGGGAAUCGCCGUCAGCACCGAUUACUGGCUCUACCUGGAAGAGGGGAUCAUUCUGCCGCAAAACCAGACCACCGAGAUCAAAAUGUCGCUUCAUUCUGGCCUGUGGAGGGUCUGCUUCCUGGCAGGUGAGGAACAAGGACGAUGCUUCACCAUCGAGUAUGUCAUGCCCAUGAACGUCCAGAUGACAUCAGAGUCCACCAUCAGCGUGCUGAAAAUGAUUCGCUCAGCCACUCCCUUCCCAUUGGUCAGCCUCUUCUUCAUGUUUAUUGGGUUUAUACUGAACAACGUGGGACACAUCCGGCCCCAUCGGACCAUUCUGGCCUUCGUGUCGGGGGGAUCUUCUUCAUCCUGUCCGGACUGUCCCUGGUGGUCGGCCUGGUCCUCUACAUAUCCAGCAUUAAUGAUGAGAUCCUGAAUCGUACGAAAGACUCGGAGACCUAUUUCAGUUACAAGUACGGAUGGUCCUUUGCAUUUGCUGCUAUAUCCUUUCUCCUCACAGAGAGCGCUGGAGUAAUGUCUGUGUACCUCUUCAUGAAACGUUACACAGCCGAGGAUGCCUACAGACCACAUCCAGGGUUCUACAGGCCACGGCUAAGCAACUGUUCUGACUAUUCUGGCCAGUUCCUCCACCCUGAGGCUUGGGUAAGAGGACGAAGUCCUUCUGAUAUCUCCAGUGAAGCCUCUUUGCAGAUGAACUCUAAUUACCCCGCCCUGCUCAAAUGCCCUGACUACGACCAGAUGUCCUCGUCACCUUGCUGA